AUGUCGCGCAGCAUGAUACCCAAAAUCGCCCUCGAGGAGGCAUUUAAUCUUCCUGGCUUAUCUGGGGAGAGUAAUCAAUUCACUUCUCCCACUGGCUCGGAAGAUCUCGCUGCUAACUUGGUUGACAUUCACGACCAACGCUUGAAAGGGAUGGAUGAGAACAGUGUCGAGUAUAUGGUUCUCUCCCUUACAUCCCCGGGUCCUCAAAAUAUAACAGAUCCUGUUGCCGCCCAAGGCCUUGCUGAGCGUGCCAAUGACUAUCUAGCUGACGAGAUCUGCAAAAACCCUAAUCGAUUCGGUGGUUUUGGGGCAUUAAGCAUGCACGAUCCAAAGUCCGCCGCACUGGAGGCGAGGCGUGCCAUCAAGGUAUUAGGCUUUCAUGGCCUGCUCGUGAAUGACUUUCAAUCAACGGGAGGCGAUGAAGAAGGAGCAAUUUUCUAUGAUCAGCCUGAGUGGGACGUCUUCUGGAAAGAGGUUGAGGAGCUUGAUGUUCCCCUCUAUAUCCAUCCCCGGCUCACUACUCCGGCUGUUACCAAGCUCUUCAUAGCUGGACGACCAUGGUUACGAGGAAGCACUUAUUUCUUCAGUGUCGGUAAAGUGGCAUUCUCCUGA